AUGUCUUUAAAAGACAGUGUUUGCGUUUCAAAUCGUUCAAAAAGAAAAUUAGAAGUUUGUAUUGACAGCUUAGAGUCUGCAAUAAAUGCAAUAGGUGGAGGGGCUGAUGAAUUAGAAAUAUGCAGUUCUUUGACGGAAGGUGGGCUCACUCCCUCACCAGGGCUUGUAAAUGAAGUUAUUGAGGUGUUCAAAUUUAAGGGAAUAUGUAGUAAUUCUGAAGAUGGCCAUCAAACAGCAAAUCAGCAUGUAACAAAAUUAAACAUCAUGAUUCGUUGUCGAGGUGGUUCUGACUUUUGUUAUAAUCAAAUGGAGAUGCAGACAAUGCUUGCAGAUAUUAGAUAUUUUAAGAAAAUGCAAAUAAAUAGAUUUGUCUUUGGUGCGCUAACAGACAAGCAAGAAUUAGACAUACAAAAUUGUUCUCUUAUUAUAUUAGAAGCUUUACCAAUCCCUGUAACAUUUCAUAGAGCUUUUGAUUUAUGUAACAAUCCUUUUGAUGCAAUGGAAAAAAUAAUACAACUGGGUUUUGAUAGAGUUCUGACUAGUGGCCAAAGAAUUAUGGCAAUUGAUAAUGAUGCAGUUAAACUGAUAGAGGAAUUGAAUAAAAAAUUUGGCACUGAAAUAGAAAUUAUGCCGGGAUCUGGUGUGAAUUUAGAUAAUGUUAAAAAAUUUGUUGAAAUAGGGUGCAAAAUAGUACAUAGCUCUUGUAAAGUUAAGAAAAAUAUUGUUGACGUUAAAAGAGAUCUUUGUAUGGGAUACAGCAGUGUAUAUGUGACUGAUGAAAGAAUAGUGAAGUCUAUGGUGGAGAUAAUUAAUAAAUAA